AUUUCUUCAUUCCUGAUUCCCUCACUUUUACAACUUCAACCUUUGAUAUCGAAAUCGAAUCGGAUUACAAUCUUAUAUCAAAACUACAGAUGGAUACCAUCUAUCAAGCUUACGUAGCUUUAGGUGUAUCAGCUGUUAUUCCAAUUUGGUUUGCAUCACACGCUUCUGUGAAGGCUCCGGUAGUUAGAAAAUCUAAAUCUAAAACUUCGGAUGAUGAUGAUGAUGAAUCUUCAUCUGAUGAAGAAGAAGAAGAAGUAGAACGAAUGACAAGUGAAGAUGCUUAUUGGUUUCCAGUUCUUGGUUCUGGUGCUUUACUUGGUCUUUACUUAGUUUUCAAAUACUUAAAUAAAGAUCUCAUCAAUGCAGUCUUAUCAGGAUACUUUGCAUUAAUGGGUACAGGAGGAUUAACUACCAUGCUAGCUACUAUUACGAAAUCUAUCUUAGGAUCUCAAUCUUGGUCAAAACAAACUAAAUAUAAAUUUAGAUUAACUAAAAACUCUUCAGAAGUUUUGUUUGGGUUAAGGUUUACCAAUUGGCAUUUAGCUUUUCUUUUUGUCUCCACUCUUCUUUCGGUUCUUCAAUGGUAUACUAAACAAUGGAUCUUGAGUAAUGCAUUCGCUUUGAGUUUUGCUUUUAAUGCUAUCACUUUACUUAAACUUGAUUCAUUUAAAACCGGUAGUGUCUUAUUGGCUGGUUUAUUCUUGUAUGAUAUUUGGUGGGUUUUUGGUUCUUCUCACGCUUUUGGUGAAAGUGUGAUGGUUAGUGUAGCUAAAAACUUUGAUGCACCUAUUAAAAUCACAUGGCCUAGAUCUCUCUAUGAUGCUCUUUCAUCUGAUCAAAAGAAAUUUGCAAUGUUAGGAUUAGGUGAUAUCGUCAUGCCUGGGAUCUUUGUGGCACUCUGUCUUCGAUACGAUUAUCAUCGAGCUUAUGCUAAACUAGUGAAGGCUGCUACUGCUCCGAUCAAUAAGAAAACGCUUCUUUCGCCUACCAGUAACUUUCCUCGUCCUUAUUUCCAUACUUGUAUGGCAUCAUAUGUGGUCGGAUUGGCUACUACGAUGUUUGUGAUGCAUGUCUUCAAAGCUGCUCAACCUGCUCUACUAUAUUUGAGUCCAGCAUGUUUAGGUAGUGUUUUCCUAAGAGCAGUCAUGACGGGUGAUACAGCUGAAUAUUGGAGAUGGGAAGAUGGAGAAGAUGAUGAAAAGAAAGAAGAGAAUGAGAAGAAGACAGAUGGAGAAGUGAAGACAGAUGGAGAAGUGAAGACUUCGGGUGGGGUUUCUGAAAUUGGAAAAGAUGGACUUCGAUUGACUAGUCAAGGUAAAGAGAAAAAGAAAAAGUGAAAUUUAUGGAGAUGUUUGAAAAUUUUUAGAUGUGAUCUUUGGUUUGUCUUGUUUCUUCUUCUUUGAAUUGGUUGAUCUGGUGAUUUUCUUCAUGUGGAUUUGAGAAAUGAGGAAGAAUAAAAUGGAUGGAAAUUGAAAUUGAAAAAGAUAUGUAGAAAUG